GCAGACUCCGUCAAAUGACCAAAAAGGAGUGGAUGUCUAGAGCGGAGGAAGUGAACUGCACAGUCAAAAGGCCCCCGUUUCUCUGACGGGGCUGUAGAUGUUGACUGUAAUGGGUUACACUUGUCUUUGUUGGCCGCUGUGGAAGGUUCCUGUUAUCAUUCACGCAAGCCCCGUUUGCCAUCAAAUCCCUUUCUCAACCUCUUUCAAGUGUCCAUUCAAUGAGAACAAUGGCAGUGACCAUAUGUCUGCAACCCGUAUAGAGCACACUGGGUUUGCCGGGCCAGGCAUCCCGUUCACAGGCCGCAUCCAUGUCAGCACAUUCGCCAUGGCUUUCAAUUAACCGUCAUUCAUUCAAAGCCCUUGGGUAACCAGCCAUUGCGACUAGGGGCUGCUUAAAAGGCCGGUUGACUCAGUCUUCCACAUUUUAACCCUGAGCAACCUGUCUACUUUUCUUCUCCUGCUUC